AGUCGGAAAGACCAGAGGAAGGAGCAUCCACCCUCCGCCACCACUCGUGCCCACCAGCCCACUCACCCACCCAUCUCGCCCUCCAGUAUCCGUAGACUACGUACCUACGGAUACUUUCGUACCAAGGCCAAGGUCAACCACGCCCCCCUACCGCACGAGCAUCGAAGCAUCAGCACCCACCACUCAGCUACCUUAGCUACCGUACAUACAGUCUACGGAGUAUUCCUACACCUCUCUCUCUCACCCGACACGACACUACCGUACCUCACCCAGCCUGUCGAAAGCUGUGCUGGCUGUACCAGAUUCUCCUCGCUCUUGCUGCGUGUGAGUGAGUGCGCACUGCUCCUGCACCAACCAACGCAUCACCCAACUCAUCACCACCCUCCUCCGCACUGCAGCACACCGCGCUCAGUCGCUUCUUCUGCGUUGCAGCACCUGCAUCCCACAGUCUCCUGCAUCCCGCCAGCCAGAUCAGACAAGAGUCAGUUGCUUUCUCGGGACUCCCAUCUGCCAUCUCGUCAAGUCAGGUCCCGACCUCUACACCAGGCCAAAUCCAGACACACGCCAACCCCGAUCAAAGAAGAGGCACACCCUACGCUAUACGCAAAGAGGAACCCUUCGACAUCCCAUCCUCCUCGCCAACCCCACUCAACCUUUAGUCUCCCUCUCCUCGGUGUACGGAGUACCUACCCUCUCAUACGCCUACGGCACUGUUCGCCGCCUUUGGCCCAGGUUCCAUACACACACCCAGCUCGUGGGCCUUCCCACCCCUGUCCUAUCUCCGAUCCAGACGCUAAGGACUCGCUCGGCCUGAACUCAAGCGGAGAGCCCAGCCCAUCCAUUACUACUUAG